UAUGCCGUGUGUCGCGGGGCCAAAAGCCCCUCUUUGGUGAGAAAUAACAAGGAAUCACAUCCAACGCUGCUGCUGCAUGUCAGCCGUUAGCUUAUGGGGAGGGGGGGUGAGAAAGUGCUUGAGGCUUAGCCUUGCGCCUCUAGAAUGAAAUGCCGGUCCUCUUGACGCAACUUUGAGGCCGCCUGUUCAUCAGAGCUUGAAUGAGGCAUUUGUAUGCAUCAUGAAGCGGACUCGGGAGAAUAGAGACGACGAGAAGAAGCAGAUCGUGACGGCUUUUGUGCGUGAGAGGGCAUCCGAGUACCACGAUGCCUUUGGGGUUUCAACCCCUCUGAGCGGAGCAGGGGGAGAUGAGAACCGUCUACCAGCUGCCAGGGAUUUACAGGCGGUUCUGGAGGCCUACAAUGCGACCGUAGACCAUGACCGGCGAUUCGAUAUCGAACAGUGCACUUGGGAUGAUGUUCUGGACACGCUCAACGAGGCCGAGGAGGAAUACUAUCAAAAGGGCAAGGGGAAUUUGAACUUUGUCCGAAGGGGGUUUCGGAUUGCAGGCGAUUAUUCAGAUGCCAUCCGCCCGUGGGUGGAUCUGAUUCCCUUGGGAAAUGGGAUGGAGGUUCUAAAUGCCGGGCUGAGCGUCAUCUUCAAUAUUGCAAAGCAGAACGCAGACAAUCGUGGGAAGAUCCUGGCCGCGUUCCACGACAUCCCGGCCAUCAUUCUACGGACCGAAGAGCAGCAGAACCAGUUUGCGCGGGCUGCCGUGCUGAGGGAAAAGGCGAUCGCUCUCUACAGCACCGUUGUGCAGGCGUUGGCAGACUUGAUCUUUCUCCUUCAGGGCAGCAGGUCGGGGUCAUCUUUCAAGAAUCACGUCAAGAGGAUGAGCAAGCGAUGUUUUGCCCCAUCCUACACUGCAAAUCAGAUCGACCAAAUCCUUCAAAGAGUCCGGAAAAGCACCGAGGACUUCAAGGAGUGUCGGGAGAUGGUGAAAAGUCAGCUCGCCAUCGAAACAUACCAGAAUACCAGCGCUCUGCGCGUUCAAGCCACAUUAAUUGACAGCCGUACGGAGCGGAUGUCUGGAGACGUUUCUCAUCUGGCACAGGGUGUGGAUGAGCUGAACAGUUCUUCAAAAUAUACCAAUGUCCAACUUGAUGGAGUGCAGGACCAGCUGUCCAAACUGAUCAUGGAAGUAGAAGCUUCUCGAGCUCAGCAAUACGCCGCAUACCAGCCAGGAAUGGAUGCCCAGGCUGCUUUAUGCCACUUUAUUCUUAAUGAUUUCCCCGGCCUCUGGAAUGCAGUGGCAUCAAUGAAUACGCCCAUGAUUCAGUCCCAGUCGUUUUUGUCGAGAAUGGAUCUUUUGAGUUGUCUAGGUGUCUCUCCUAGAGCAUCCGUCGAUGAUGUAGACGUCGUGUUGAAGCAACACAGCGUUCUGACUGCCGAAGCCCAGGCGCAGAGUCAGCAGCUCCUCUCGUCGAUUGAAUUCUCCCGAUGGAUGAAGGCCUCGCAUGCAGAAACGCUGUUUGUACAAGGGAAUUCUUCCAUCAUCGGACCGUGUCGAGUCUCUCCUCUGUCUGCUCUCUGCGCCACUCUGUCUCUCAAUUUAUCCAAGUAUCCCAAUUGCACAGUACUUCAUUUCUUCUGCGGCAUCCACGAGGCUCCCGGCGAUCCUAUCGCUGGUCCGAACGGAUUGAUCCGCAGCCUAAUAGUUCAGUUGCUUCUGACCCGCGCCACGUUCAACCUUGACUUCAUCAAUACCCGAGCCUUUGAAGAGCUUAUCCGGGCCCAUUCCUUGUUCGAUCUGUGCCAUACCUUUCGGGAGCUCAUCGAACAACUGCCCCCGACCGCCACGGUGGUCUGUAUCAUGGAUGGUGUGGCUCGGUUCGAGUCAGACGCCUGGCUCACUGACCUGUUGGAGGUCAUCCACACUCUGAACCAGAUCAUCGUCAAUCCCGCGCUGCAUCCCGUCGUCAAACUGCUGGUGACGACGCCGUUUGCCCAGAGCGGACGUGUGGGGAGAGCAAUCAUCGCCCACCACCGACUGACGCUCCGAAAUGCAGUGGGCGGCGGUAUGGGUCACACCAUCUCAGAUCGGUCUCUGUCCUCGAGGAUGAACCGCCUGGAUGAAUACCGGUUGAAAAUGCAACAGAACGGUCACGGAGGACGUUCGGAAGACGAUGACUCUGAAGAGGAUCAAUUCUAGCUUCCUUUUGGCUUAUUCUGAUUGAUACUACGUUUUCCUAUACCAGCGACGUGCAGUAAAUAUAAGGUUUAAAAGCCUCUAAUUUUAUUUGGUUGAGCUUGUGCGGCCGCGGAACACUCCGAGGUUCCGUAUCCGAUAUCAAGAUAUAGGCUAUAGCCCUUACCUCAAGGCGUAGAAAGUGGUAA